CGUUAAAAAAGAAGAAGAAGAAGAAGAAAUUCCCACCGUAUUAUUGUCCCCCUGGUCUUCGCAGUAGUUGCAGCAGUAACGUUAUUUGUCCGGUUUUUAUCCGUCAGUUAUUCUUUUCUUACAGUCGUAACAUAUUAUUGCCCAAUAAUCUCAGAUGUAGCCAUUUACAACAAUGUUAAGAACUUGUGCCCUGCCUGUUUCAGACACAUGAAAACAUCAGGUUCAGGUGUAGACUGGAUGGGACGUUGUUAGCUAGUCUGUAGUUUAUCAAAUUUAGAGGUAACAGUCAGGUUUAUAACUGCUACAUGUUUGUAAACCCGUAAACAUGUGGAUUUUGUUUAUUAGUAGUGAAUAAAUGUGGUGGUGGUGGUCGAGGCGAACGUAACUUACAGUAAAUAUGGAUUCAGACAGGAGGAGAGACAGCCGGAAUUGGGACUGGGACAGCCCGCAGUGCCGAGCCCAGCUGGACGAGAUCUUUUUCCGCCAGCAUGACUACAUCCAGGCUGGCAGCCCGGAGCACAGAGAGUUCUGGGCUUUCUUUGACCGCUUCCAGAGGUUUAAAACAAAGAGGGACAUGUCUGGGUCAGGAGCCAGUCAGAAAGAGGACAGAGAUGAAGGGAAAGACAGGAGAAAGACUGGCACUGGAAAGGUAGACCUUGGUCUCCCUAAAGAGUAUGAUCCUCGCUACCGGAUUAAUGUAUCUGUAUGUACCAGGGAUAUCGAGGAGCGCCUGGGAAAGUCAGAGCACAAAAGCAGGCAGAGAUCCUCAGGUCCAGGCAGUCAGGAGAUCUCAGACUGCCGCCUGGCUCUCCUGCAUUUCCUGGACUUCAGCCAGAGACAGAGUUUUGUCAAACUGGCCAAGCUUCGCCGGGAGCAGAAGAGCUUGCCCAUCUUCCAGUACCGGGACAGGAUAAUGGAGCUGGUGCGACUUCACCCUGUGGUUGUGGUCGCAGGGGACACAGGCUGUGGGAAAUCCACCCAAGUACCUCAGUAUCUUCUUUCAGCUGGCUUCAACCACAUAGCCUGCACUCAGCCUCGACGUAUUGCCUGUACAUCCCUCGCAAAGAGAGUCAGCUUUGAGAGUCUCAAUGAGUACGGCUCAAAGGUGGGGUACCAGAUCCGCUUUGAGACCACUCGGACCACGGCCACCAAACUGCUGUUCCUGACAGAGGGUCUGCUGCUCCGACAGAUCCAGCAGGACAGGACGCUGGCUCAGUACGAGGUGGUGAUUGUGGACGAGGUCCAUGAGAGACACCUCCACUGUGACUUCCUUCUUGGGGUCCUGCGCUCUCUGGUGGCUGACCGCCCAGACCUGCGUCUCAUUCUCAUGUCAGCCACUAUUAACAUCAAACUUUUCUCUGACUAUUUCGGUAGUGCUCCUGUGCUGCAGGUACCAGGCAGGCUGUUUCCUAUACAGGUGAUAUACCAACCCAUUCCACCUGAGGAGCAGUCUUCGCGUUCGGAGAAACUGGAUCCCAGACCGUACCUGCGCAUCCUGCAGGGCAUCGAUCAGCGUUACCCUCCAGAGGAGCGCGGUGACCUGCUCCUCUUCCUUAGCGGUGUGGCGGAGAUCUCCACCAUCCAGGAGGCCUGUCAGAUUUAUGCCACGCACACACGUCGCUGGAUAGUCUUGCCGCUGCACAGCACCCUCUCGCUGGCCCAGCAGGAUAAGGUGUUUGACAUUGCUCCUCCUGGGGUGAGAAAGUGCAUCAUCUCUACCAAUAUUGCUGAGACCUCAGUUACAAUAGAUGGGGUGCGCUUUGUUGUAGACUCAGGAAAGGUAAAGGAAAUGAGUUUUGAUCCUAAGGCCAAGAUGCAACGUCUGCAGGAGUUCUGGAUCAGCCGAGCCAGCUCUGAGCAGAGGAAAGGUCGAGCCGGUCGUACAGGUCCAGGAGUGUGUUACCGCCUGUACGCUGAGUCUGACUACGAUGCCUUUGCACCUUAUCCUGUGCCUGAAAUCCACAGGGUGGCUCUGGACGCCCUCAUUCUUCAGAUGAAGAGCAUGUGUCUUGGAGAUCCACUUUCUUUUGUCUUCAUUGAUCCACCUCCAGCUGCUAGCAUCCAAACUGCAGUUACUUAUCUGAAAGAGCAGGGGGCGCUAGACAGUCGCGGUGAACUGACCUCGAUUGGUAGUUUGCUGGCACAACUGCCUGUGGAUGUGGUCAUAGGGAAGAUGCUGGUGCUGGGCUCUUUGUUUAACCUGGUGGAGCCUGUGUUGACAGUGGCAGCAGCCCUCAGCGUUCAGUCCCCUUUCUUGCGCAGCUCACAGCACAACCCCGACUGUGCCACUGCCCGCCAGCCCCUGCACAGCAACCAGGGAGACCCCUUCACCCUGCUCAACACCUUCAAUGCCUGGGUGGAGAUGAAGGGAGAGAGAGGUAGUGGCUCAAGGAAGUGGUGCAGGAGGAGAGGCCUGGAGGAGCAGCGACUAUAUGAGAUGGUCAACCUACGCAGACAGUUCAAGGACUUGCUGAGGAGCCACGGUCUGCUGGAAUCAGAGUACAGCGCUCCCUCUGGUGGUGACCGCAGGCAGCGUAGGGAGAGGCUAACAGAGAGGAGAAAGCUGCAUCAGCUUAAGAGAGAUCAUGAGCAGCAGGAGAGCAGCAGACGUAAAGUCCUGAGGCUGGACGAGGGCCAGGAUGGAGAGUUCUCCUCAGGAUCAGACACAGAGGAAGCAGGCAGAGGCAAGAAGGACAAGGAGCGAUCAGGACAGAACAUGGACAUACAGGAGGUGAAGUUCAAGUUGCGUCACAACGUGUCCGAGCUGCAGGAGGCGGUCGGCGUCAGUCAGGACAUGUCGUCCCGCCAGCAGGCUUUGCUCAAGCUGCUGCUUUGCCGAGGCCUUUACCCUCAGCUCGCCCUACCUGAUGAACACAACUCCACCCGCAAAGACUCUGAGCAGGUGUUUCACACAAGGAAUAAGCAGGGAGUGGUGAUCCACCCAACCAGUGUGUUUGCCAGUGACCCAGAGGUGUUACAAGUGCCUGAGGAUGACACCAGAGAAAUGGGGCCUGAUAGGAGGGACAGCAGCAGGCACCAGCUGCUUGCCUUCGUCACUCUGUUGGAGACCAACAAGCCAUAUUUGUCCAACUGCGUGCGGGUUCCAGCACUGCAAGCUUUGCUGCUGGUAGCAAACUCUGUGGACAGUAACGCUGACUGUACGCGUCUGGUGGUGGACGGCUGGCUGGAGCUGGAGCUGAGGAAGCCGGAAGAGGCCCUGAAGGGGCUGUCCACAGCUCUUACCCUCAGGGCUGAGUGGGAGCGCCUCCUGUUGGCCCAGCUGGGUCAGAGCACAAUGGGGGGACCAGCAGUUAAAGGGGUGUCCCGCAAAGUCAUGGAGAAGCUGAGUGAAGGCCUGGUCCGCUUCCUGCUCUACACUGAGGUCAGUUACAGCCUACGGCGACUCACAGCUUUCCAGACCCAGAAUCUGUACAUCGGCCCUCAGUCUGAGUCUGAGCUGUCUCACACCAAAGCUCCAGAUCUAAAGCCACUGUUUCCGGGAGCUGAGGCCAAGCCGGACCCCAUUAAAGGAGGCCUGCGUGUCACCAGCUUCUUCACCUACAACUGUCUGGUUGACUCAAAUGAUCUCUACAGUGAGUGUUUACGCACUUUCUGGAGCUGUCCAAACUGUGACCUCUACAUGCCUCUGACGCCACUGGAACGCAUGCAGCACGAGGCCUCCUGCAGGCCAGCAGAAGAACAGCAGCAGCCAGUGGAAGAGCCAGAAGGUGGAAAGGCAGGCUCCUCCUCAGUGUCCAGUCUUAACAGAGUUUAUCACUGUGACGUCUGUAAUGAAGACCUGACCCUCACCUCCACUGAGAUCCUCAAACAUAAAAGGCAGCACAUGUAUUCUGCUAAGUAACCGACCACAGCAUCUAAAGGACAGUAACUAAUCACAACUCUGUUCUGUCGAGGAAAGACUUGAAUUUAUAGAAUAAAGUUGUUGGGGUUUUUUUAAUGUAACAUUUGUUUCAACUUAUUCUUCCCUUUUGUACUCAAGGAACUUUAUUAAAGUGCUAUUACUUCCC